GGCCCCGCCCGGUGCCCGCCCCGCCCCGCCCGGCGCUCACGGGCCGGGGCCGCGGCUGCAGUCGCGGCCGAGAGAUGGCGGGGGGCCGCGGGACCCCGGCGCGGCGCUGAGCCCCGCCGCCCUCCUCACCGCCCGGCUGCCGCCGGGACCCCCGCGGAGGCUCGGCUCCCCAGACUCCCCUCAAGCUCGGCGCCCAGGCGCGUGCCCACCAUGCCCGUGGUCAGUGUCCUCCUUUGGGCCACCCUGCUGACUCUGGGCUGGCGGGCUGCCCAUCCCAAGGACCACGGCUUCGCUACCCCCAGGGUCCAGCUCUCCUUCAAAGAGCUGAAGGCGACGGGCACAGCACACUUUUUCAACUUCCUCCUCAACUCCAGUGACUACCGCAUCCUGCUGAAGGACGAGGACCACGACCGCAUGUAUGUGGGCAGCAAGGACUACGUCCUCUCGCUGGACCUGCACGACAUCAACCGCGAGCCCCUCAUCAUCCAUUGGCCCGCGUCCCAGCAGAGGAUCGAGGAGUGCAUCCUGUCAGGCAAGAACAGCAAUGGAGAGUGCGGCAACUUCAUCCGCCUGAUCCAGCCCUGGAACCGGACACACCUCUACGUGUGUGGCACUGGCGCCUACAACCCCAUCUGUGCCUUUGUCAACCGCGGGCGCAAAGCGCAGGGGUUUCCGCCGAGCCAGCCGGGAGGCCGGGAAAGCAGAGCCACCGACAGCCCCCUCAGCCCGAGACCAGCACAAAGCAAGGAUUAUAUCUUCUACCUGGAGCCAGACAAGCUGGAGUCAGGCAAGGGAAAGUGUUCCUACGACCCCAAAGUAGACACCGUCUCUGCAUUAAUAAAUGAGGAACUUUAUGCUGGUGUCUACAUCGACUUCAUGGGCACGGACGCAGCCAUCUUCCGCACCAUGGGCAAGCAGACAGCCAUGAGGACAGACCAGUACAAUUCCCGCUGGCUCAAUGACCCAGCCUUUGUCCGUGCCCAGCUCAUCCCUGACAGCAGCGAGAGGAAUGAUGACAAGCUCUACUUCUUCUUUCGAGAGAAGUCUGCUGAUGCCCCACUGAGUCCUGGGGUCUAUUCCCGCAUCGGGCGCAUCUGCCUGAAUGACGACGGGGGCCACUGCUGCCUUGUGAACAAGUGGAGCACCUUCCUGAAGGCCCGGCUCGUCUGCUCUGUGCCGGGACCCGAUGGAAUUGAAACGCACUUCGAUGAGCUCCAGGACGUCUUCAUCCAGCAGACUCAGGACACCAAGAACCCUGUUAUCUACGCUGUGUUCUCUGCUUCGGGGUCGGUCUUCAAGGGCUCUGCUGUGUGUGUCUACUCGAUGGCUGACAUCCGCAUGGUCUUCAACGGGCCCUUUGCCCACAAGGAGGGACCCAACUACCAGUGGAUGCCCUACACAGGAAAAAUGCCCUACCCCCGCCCAGGCACUUGCCCUGGGGGGACCUUCACCCCAUCCAUGAAGUCAACCAAGGACUACCCCGACGAGGUGAUCAACUUCAUGCGCGCGCACCCGCUGAUGUACCACGCCGUGUACCCCACGCACCGCCGGCCGCUGGUGGUGCGCACCAAUGUCAACUACCGCUUCACCACCGUGGCCGUGGACCAGGUGGACGCGGCAGACGGGCGCUAUGAGGUGCUUUUCCUGGGCACAGAUCGGGGCACUGUGCAGAAGGUCAUUGUGCUUCCCCGGGAUGACAUGGAGACAGAGGAGCUCAUGCUGGAGGAGAUUGAAGUGUUCAAGGUGCCAGCACCCAUCAAGACGAUGACCAUCUCCUCCAAGAGGCAACAGCUGUAUGUGUCCUCGGCUGUAGGCGUGACCCACCUGGCCCUGCACCGCUGUGACGUGUACGGGGAGGCCUGUGCUGACUGCUGCCUCGCCCGGGAUCCCUACUGUGCCUGGGAUGGCAGCGCCUGCACCCGCUACUCCGCCUCCUCCAAGAGGCGGAGCCGGCGGCAGGACGUCCGGCACGGCAACCCCAUCCGGCAGUGCCGGGGCUACAACUCCAAUGCUAACAAGAAUACUGUGGAGGCCGUACAGUACGGGGUGGAGGGCAGCACAGCCUUCCUGGAGUGCCAGCCCCGCUCGCCCCAGGCCAGCAUCAAGUGGCUGCUGCAGAAGGACAACAGCGACCGGCGGAAAGAGCUGCGGGUGGAGGGCCGGGUGCUGCGCACGGAGCAGGGCUUGCUGCUGCGUGCCCUCCAGCUCAGCGACAGCGGCCUCUACUCCUGCACCGCCACCGAGAACAACUUCAAGCACACGGUGACCAAGGUGCAGCUCCGCGUCCUCAGCAGCCGCGCCGUUCACGCCGUGCUGGUCCAGGCGGAGACGCCCCCUGGCCUGCCGGGUGCCCCCACUCCCCGCUACCAGGACCUGCUGCAGCUCCUCACCCAGCCCGAAAUGGGACUCCUGGAUCAGUACUGCCAGGGCUACUGGCGGCACACGGCUGCCAGCCCCCCACAGCCGCUGGCUGGCCUCAAAGCCAAGGAGCAGCAGGACCAGAAGAAGCCUCGAAACCGCCGGAAUCACCAGCCAGAGACCUAUGGGCAUACAUGAAACCAUCAUCAGGGACUUUGCUAGCACAGUGGUCUAUUUUUCCCCCCUUUUAAUAUUAAAAAUAUCUAUAAAUAAA